GUUCUAACGUGUAGGAUGGAACAUUGUGGGUGUGGGACAUUCUGUCCAUCAAGUGAGCCCACUCAGCAGUUUACAGCCUGUUCAAUCAUGUCCAAUUUAAUGCAAGACACUAAUUUGGAGACAGACCACUCAGUUGAUUUUUCUUUAAUGGACAGUCGCCUGGAGUCAUUCUGUGGUUCCAGCCUGGCCCAGAAGGUGCCUGCAGAAAGACUGGCCCGGGCCGGCUUCUACUUCACUGGCUCUGGUGAUCGUGUCCGUUGUUUCAGCUGCCAGAAGACUGUGGAAAACUGGCACAGGGAAGAUGUGCCUGUAGUGAGGCAUAAAGAGGUUUCCCCAUCUUGCAGGUUUCUCAGCUGCACCCACCGUACCAGUUUUAAUCCAGGUUCUUUUGGUUCACUGAUUAAUGGUUCUGCCUACGAUGAAGAAGCAGAAGACAUGGAAUAUCGUUUGAGAACAGGAGAGGUGGUUGAUGAGUCCACCUACCCUAUGGCUCCUCAUAUGAGGAGUGAGGAGGCCCGACUGCAGACCUUCUCUCUGUGGCCAUCCACUGCACCUGUGAGGCCCCGUGAUCUGGCCCAAGCUGGCCUCUACUACUUGGGACAGAAGGACAGGGUGCAGUGUUUCUGCUGUGGUGGCAUGCUGGGUGGCUGGGAAGCAGGUGACACUGCGUGGAGAGAACAUACCAAACAUUUUCCCAACUGCUUUUUUAUCCUUGGGCACGAUGUGGGCAACAUCCCAUUACAGGGGGCUACAGAGGAGAUGGAGUGGGCUAGUGGACAACGUGGAAACACUCAUGUCCACAUGGGGAGUUUUGAGGAGAGGGUUGGUAGUUUUACAGGUGUCCAGCACCCUAUUGACCAUGAGAGACUUGCCAGAGCUGGCUUCUACAGCACAGGGGCGGGAGACAAGGUAUUGUGUUUUCACUGUGGUGGAGGUUUGAAAGGCUGGCAGCCUGAGGAAGACCCUUGGGAAGAACAUGCCAGACACUACCCUGGAUGCAGCUUCCUGUUAACAGAAAAAGGACAAGGAUUUGUCAACAGCAUCCAGCUACAAGAUCCACGAGGAAAUAGACCUACCUCAAGUCAUCAGAAUGGAUUUUCAGGAAAUAGAAAUGAGGUACUGCAGUCUGCCAUGGCUCAGAAAGCCAUAGGGAUGGGUGUAGAGCCCAGCGUGGUGUAGAAGACCGUCUUGGAGAAGAUCAGUAAGACGGGCUCAAGCUCAGUACUACAGAUUCUAUAACAUUACUAAACCAUGAUACUCGGAGUAAAUGAAAACAGUUGAUGUAAGCCCUGUAACAUGCACAGUUGUGAAAGCUGAUGAAGGAUCAUGGAGUGUAGUAACUGAUGUUACUCAAAUAGGUGAAACAACCACGAAGUAAUGUGAUUGGUGUAACUUGUGGUGCAUCAUGAAAACCACAAUCUUGCAACAUUGUAGUGUGGGUUCGAUUCCUGACAAAACUGAGUCAUAUUUAAUUCAUCAAACAUUUGAAAUGUGAUCACAUUUGCCAUCUAGCCUACUGAACACCCACUAUUCAACAUCUUUUAAGCUAUGGGCUAUUUAGACUUGUUUUAGGAUAGAACAUGAUUCAUAGCACAAAAUGUCAGGCUAAGUAUAUAGCUAUAUCCUACUACAAUUAGACGUGCCAAAUGAGAAACAUGGUCUUCAACAUGAGUUCAUGUUUACUUUCUAUUUUAUUGUCAGCUCUUUUAGCUAUAUAAAUUAAAUUGAUUUGAUUUGAAACCAUACACCCAUGUAGUGUAGUUGAAUAGGAAUAUGCAUGGCAAAUCAAAUCCCUCAAACAAUCCAUUAACCAAUAAAUGACACAAUUGCACUUCAUUCUAUUGACAACUAGACUACUAGAAUACCACCACUGACUACUUCAUGUCUCCUCAUCCACUUUUAUUUUGUGGCCAAUGUUUUAUUUAUUAUUUUGUGCUGAUUUAUUGAGAAGGUAGGACCAAAAUGUUCUAACAUUAAUGACUCAGGAAGAUAAGUAAAUGUUUAAUAUAUAAAACUGUAAAAUAGUGGAUAGGUUACAUAGAAAGCACUUAUGGCAAAAUUCCUGUCGGCACCUUAUUUAUUAAAGCAUGAGCAUGCUUUACUACUAAAAUGCUUAGCUGUAGUCAGUUCUGGCAUACUGUAAUACUGUGCAUAUUUUACCUCGGUUAACAGGUUCAUGUAUAAUUUGGUAUCAAAAGGUUAUCAGCAGUUAAGUCUGUUCACUUCAAAAUUAUAGGAGUGUGUUUUCUAUGUAUUUUUCACAGUGCUGUCAUGUUGAUGGACUUGCAUCAUUAGGCUAUUUGUAUUUAUUACUCCAUUUAUUAUGGCCAUAUGCCUCUUCAACAUUUCAAAAAUAAACACCUUUUCAUA